GCAGGCUUCAAGUAUCAGAAGACAGAUAUGCCACGCAUGUAGAAAGGCUGGACAAUACCUUCCACAGUAGACGGUUCCGUAAUACCAUUUUCGGAAAAUGUAUCAGUCCCAGAUUACAUUUACCUUGGAUACGGUCUGUCCUUGGACCUAUAUCGCUAAAAAGAGAUUGGCAGAGGCUCUUAAACAAAUCGCGGCUAGCCCCAAUGGCAAAGAUGUUUCUUUCACCUUGGUCUUCCGUCCGUACCAGCUCUACCCAGACUUCCCAUCAGAGCCGCAGGAUAAGCGACACUGGUACACGACAGCCAAGCACGACGCAUCCGAUCAGAAGCAAGGAGUUUUCGAAGCGACAAUGGGGGCCCUCGGAUCCGCAGCCGGCAUCAACUUCUCCUUCGGCGGCACCAUGUCCAACACGUUUCCAUCGCAUCGGGUCAUCCAGCAUUUUCAGGAAGCCAAGGGUGCAGAGACUGCGAAUGAACUAGUCGAUGCGCUGUAUAGUCGCUACUUUGAAUGCGAGCAGGACCAAAACUCGAAGGAUGUGCUGGUUGAGGCCUGCGUCGAAGUCGGUAUCCCGGAGACGGAGGCGAGGGCAGUUGUGGGUGAUGAGAGUGAGGGGAAGAUGGAAGCUAGAAACAUGAUUCGGAUAGCAGCCAUGGAUGGUGUUGAUUCUGUGCCGUAUAUCAUGUUCGAGGGCCGUCGGAGAGAUAUCACUCUCAUCGGGGCCAAGGAAGUUGAUGAGUAUGUCAAGGCUUUGCAGACGAUUAUCAAGGAGAGCAAGUAAGGGUACUGUA